UCGUGAAGGGCGUACCUACCAAACUGGUUAGCUAGCCGCCGCUGCUGUCCGUUUAUCUCGGUGCAGACUGACGCUAUCGACUAGCAGAGUAUCACAUAAACACAAAAAAUAAGACAUGUCUGACUUCACAGAAGACCAGAUCAUGGAAUUUAAGGAGGCCUUCCUGCUGUUUGACCGGACGGGGGAAGGGAAAAUAUCCUACAGCCAGUGCGGAGAUGUGAUGCGAGCCCUGGGACAGAACCCAAUUAAUGCAGAGGUCCUGAAAGUUCUCGGGAACCCCAAAAUGGAAGAGAUGAACAACAGGAUGCUGGAUUUUGAACAGUUCCUGCCAAUGUUUCACGCCAUCGCCAAGAAUAAGGACCAGGGCUCUUUUGAAGAUAUCGUUGAAGGUCUGCGUGUCUUUGACAAGGAGGGAAACGGCACAGUGAUGGGGGCAGAGCUGCGUCACGUCCUCACCACUUUAGGUGAAAAAAUGUCGGAAGAAGAAGUGGAGACACUUUUAGCAGGGCAUGAAGAUCCCAAUGGCUGCAUUAAUUAUGAAGAACUUGUGAGGGUGGUGAUGAGCGGUUGAAGACUUCAAACACUUCCAUCUUUAUUUUAUCUCUGAAUAUUUUCUGAACUGUUGGUCUUGUCAUGACCCUCCAUCCAUGUCAUCCUACCUCCUACAAUGUUGUUUUUUGUCACUGUUGGAACUUUUUCUUAACGUGCCUUUUCUGUCUGAUGUAAAACAUCUUUUCAUCUCAUCUCCCUGACUGUCGUUGAUGUUUGCAGGCACAAUCAGUGGUAGAGCUCCCCUUAUAGGGUUACCUUCAUCAUCUCCCCCAGUCGGCCUCCGUCUAGCUGUCUUUUCUUCUGGAUUAAUAUGAUAAUGUGAAAUGUUACAUUACGAAAUAUUGAAUAAAGCGGUUCACA